CAACCAAUCCAUCAAAAAACCACAAAGCUAAAGCCAUCAAGCUUCCCGGCGCCUCAGCGCGCGAGGUCCACCGACCUCCGCACACCCAUUUUUCGGGGCUGUGCUCGGGUUCACAAUCUCCAUGUCCCACAAACACCGCCACCACGAUCCGCCCCCACCACCACCACCACAACAGUUGGAACCGUCACCACCGCCUAUGCGGGCAGCGUCGUCGCUUUAUAAGCAGCACUCCUGGUCUCCGGACAUUUACCGCGAAGAGGCGUGGCUCAAGCGGAAAGGAAACAGCAAGAAUCGACGAAGCAGGAGCGUCACCGAUGAGGACCUCGAUGAGCUGAAGGCUUGUAUCGAGUUAGGUUUCGGAUUUGAGUCGCCCGAGGUAGAUCAACGAUUGUCCGAUACUUUACCCGCUCUAGGUCUCUUCUACGCUGUUAACAAACAGUACACAGAUACUCUUUCGAAAUCGCCGAUUUCUUCAAAUCCAUCCGACUGCGAUACUCCGUCUCCCAUCGGAAGCCCCCUCACCAUUUUCGGUCCAGGUGAUAAUCCGCAGACGAUGAAGACGAGGUUGAGGCAUUGGGCACAGGUGGUUGCUUGCUCGGUGAAGCAAUUUCAGGCUUGAUUAUAAUAAUCAGGGUCGGUGGUGAACUCAACCAGGGUUGGGUUACGUUAGCAGAGUAACCAAACAUUCCGGAAAAUCAAAUCAACUUUGACUGAUACGAGUAUGAUAUUAUUCUCUCAAACCGACUUAAAAUAUGUUACAAUGUCAAAAAUACAUGGAAAGAGUCAAUAUGACAAACCCCACAUUAGGUGGACGCCAAGUGGUAGUGGAGUCUGGAUCGAUUGAUUGACCUUUUUGUUUUGGUUAUUUUUUUAGUGUGUGAUGUUACAUGGUUUGAUUUUGUUGUUGCGGCAUCUUUUAUGUAUGAAUAUAUGAAGGGUGAUGUGAAAAGGGUGGAAAGUGAAAGUUGUUUGUUGUUUGUUGUCUGAUUGAAGGUAGAAAAGAUUAAGGAAACAUAGCGUAAAGAAGUGCUUGAAAUUGGUAUAAAAGUUUGCCUCAAUAAUAAGAAUCUGUUUUAUAGGGCAUAUAUGUAUGUACAAGGUGCUUUCCUUUACGUGUAGGUUAAGGUAUUGGAAUAUAUAAUUGUCAUAACGACCUUUGUUCCCUGUCUACUGUUGAAUUGGCUUUUGGAAAUUUAAAGGGUCUUUGGGGCCA